AUGCUUAGCCAAUUCGUUCCACUUUUAUAUAUCCGACAAAAGCAAGCGGCUUCUCAAAGCAAAGUGCCUGAUGACGAUAUAUCACAUGACCAAUCAACCAAGACAAACUCGACAGAAAUCCUAUCUCCAGACGCCAGCAACAUCAAUAAUACUAGUACUAGUAGACAUUUCAAUCGUUUCUUUGGAUCUCUUGAUGUUCUCCAAGGUAUGACAGAAAAUGUGAGGAAGUUUUACGCUCUUUCUCUUGCCCACCACCCUGACAGAAAUCCCAAUGACCCAUCUGCACACACGAAGUUUUCCUCUAUAUCUUCAGCAUAUCAUGUCCUUUCCCACGCAUCAAGACGAGCUCGAUAUGACCGGGAUCAUAACAUUCACCCCUCGGUGCAUACACCUAACCGAGAAUCUCAACACCGCAAGACAUCAUAUGUAGGCUCUCGGCCACCAUCCGGGUUAAGGAAAGAACGUGGAGCCUUCCACGGACCACCUCCAAGCUUCUACGCGCAUGGCGGCUAUGGCACUAGCAACCAUGCCCGCCAUAAACACGCGUCAAAUGCCGCUUCUGCCUUCCAAUCAAGUCAUACUACGUCAUCUUCAGAUCCAGAGUCAUCAUUCCUAUACAACAAUCGUGUCUCCCACUUCGAUGCGAAGUCACACUUCCGCACGCAGUCGCAUGAAGAUGAGAGAAGACGUCUGCGCCGCUAUAAAGCCAUGGAGCGCCAGAAAUCACGCAUGCAGGAGCAGGGUGGUUUGACUGCUGAAGAUACUGAAGGGAGCAUGUCCGCGAGAUUCUUUAUUAUUCUGACUGUUGUGGGCUUGGGUGCUCUUGCAGCAAGCUUAGGGCGAACAUUUGGUCCCCAGCAACCGGCGCCUGCUGCUCGUGGGCAUUCUGUGACGAAAAAUUAGGGAAGCAAACCAGCUCUUAAUUGGAUUUGGUGCUUCAGCGCAAAGGGAGUUUUUAAUAUUUCUGGGUGUUUUAUAUUGAGGGUCUAGUACCUCAAAUACUGAU